AUGAGAUUCGCCCGCUGCCCCGGUGGUGGCCGCGCUCCGCUCCCGGCAGCAGCAGAGCCUCUGCCAUGGACCAGCAACCUGGUGUGCCAGUGUGACAGAGAAUGCCCCCGAGGUGCCAGGAGAAGACACAAGGGAGGAGCGUGGGACGUGCAGAUCUCCGAGGCUGAGCAGAAGACACAGUGUGAAAGGUAAAUGGAAGAUUUGGAGACCAGCCUAAUCCAGACACGAAAAGCAUGUAGAAUAGAGCAAAUGGUAUCCAAAUGGCUUCAUCGCUCUCGAGACAGUGCACCCAGGGGCAGCGUGCCGGCCAUGGACAGCGCCGGGGACAGCGUGGUCCCCCCCGCCAGCCGGGUAAAGCUCACAGUCACCGUGUACAGGGACCUGGUCCUGCAGCACUACGGCUUUGAGAUCUGCCCCACCCUGCCCCUGACCAUCGCGUCCGUCACUGCGGGCAGCACUGCCGAGGGGAAGCUGCAGCCAGGUGACCAGCUCCUCCGGAUCAACUCCAGGGCAGUGGAGGACCUGUCUGUGGAACGAGCUGCCAGCAUCAUCAGGGAUGCCGGCGAUGAGCUGCUCCUGACUGUCCUGCGCUGCACGUCUGGUGGACCCAAGUCAUCGUUCCUCACUGAGGAGAAGAGAGCGAGGCUGAAGACAAACCCCGUCAAAGUGCGGUUUGCGGAGGAGGUGCUGCUGAACGGGCACUCGCAGGGGAGCUCCCUCCUGUGCAUGCCCAACGUUCUCAAGGUGUACCUGGAGAACGGACAGACGAAGGCGUUCAGGUUCGAGAGGAGCACCACUGUGAAGGACAUCGUGCUGACCCUGCAGGAGAAGCUGUCCAUCCGCAGCAUCGCCCACUUCGCCCUCGUGCUGGAGGAGCAGUACAACCUGGCCAAUAUUCACCUGCUGCAUGAGGAGGAGCUCAUUGCAGAGGUUGUACAGAAAAGAGAAUCUCAUGACUACCGGUGCCUCUUCAGAGUGUGCUUUUUCCCCAAGGACCCCUUGGACCUCCUGCAGGAAGACCCAGUGGCCUUUGAAUAUCUGUACCUACAGAGCUGCAGUGAUGUGCUCCAGGAAAGGUUUGCUGUGGAAAUGAAGUGCAGCCUGGCGUUACGUCUGGCUGCUCUGCACAUCCAGGAGAGGAUCUACGCAUGUGCUCAGGCACAGAAAGUGUCCUUGAAAUACAUUGAGAGGGACUGGGGAAUCGAAAACUUCAUCUCUCCCACCCUGCUUCGAAACAUGAGGGGGAAGGACAUCAAGAAAGCCAUCAGCUACCACCUGAAGCGGAACCAGCUGCUGCUGGACCCUCGGCAGAAGCACCAGCUCACAGCAACCCAGGUGCGCCUGAGCUACCUGCAGAUCCUGGGAGAGCUGAAGAUGUAUGGUGGGAAGAUCUUCAACGCCAGCAUGAUGCUGCAGGACAGGCAGUCACACUUGGCACUGCUGGUGGGUGCCAAACAUGGGGUGAGCCAGAUCAUCAACAGCAAGCUCAACAUCAUCACGAACCUGGCCGAGUUCCCCAGCAUCAGCAGGGUGGAGCUCAGCAAGGAGUCCGAGAAAGUCAGCGCUGUCAAGAUCUACCUGCAGGACCUGAAGGUGCUGACUCUGCUACUGGAAUCAAACAGUGCAAAGGAUCUCGUCUGCCUUAUUAUCGGCUACUACAGACUCUUUGUGGAUGCAAACACCUCCAUAUUUACGUGGGGAGACAAAAAACAGCAGCUGCACCGUGUCUCAGCUGAAGAAGGGUACGAAUCUCGAGCCUGCAGCGACUCUGAAGACUCCUGGGAGCUGGAAUCCUCCUCAGAGCGUCGCGGGGACCACCCUGCGGAACAGGGCAGCGCAGAGGGGCCAGGGGAGCCUCGCAGUGCCGGGGGGAACGGGGGUGACAGUGCCACGGACAGCACGUCCGAGGCUUCCGACUCGGCCAACUCCGAGAGCCGGGCGUUCAAGACGAGCGGCUCCAGCGACUCCAUGGACGCACUCGAGGAAGAUGCGCUGGAAGCGUGUUCCUCCUCCGGGCCAGAGCUGUUCCACUUCUACACGCCGACCGUGCAGGAGACGAGCAGCUCGGACAGCAGCUUCGUCCCCGUGUGUGCCGCGGAGAGCCCGGGCGGGGCGGGGGCCGGGGACCGCUUCUGCUUCCUGCAGGUGCCGGCGGCGGAGGGGCCCGGGGGCAGCCCCUCCGAGCAGGGCGCGGGGCCGAGCGCGCUGGAGACGCGGCUGUCCGAGAUGGACACCACGGGCUACUACAGCCUGUGCUACGGCACAUCGCCCGGCGGCAGCGCCCGCCCCGCCACGCACGGCUGGACCGCGGGGCACGGACACCUCGUCCUGGAGCCGCCCCCGGGCUUCGGCGACUCCAGCUCCGAGGAGGAGUUCUACGAUGCCGCCGACAGGCUCAGCCCUCCGGACACGCUGGCAGGCCAUGAUAUGACAUCCCAGGAGGGUACGGAGAACUCCUCCUGCAUCCCCAAGAGACUGAGGUGCUACAGCUUGGGGGAGAACCCGUCACCAGGGCAGACAGUGAGGGAGAAGCACAGGGGGGAGAAGGAGCUGACGUAUACCAAGAGCCUGAGGAAGAGAAGGUCUUUCCUGAAAACUGAUUACACUUCCCAGGUCAGUUUCCCCUUGCCUCUCGUGGGCUCUCCACAGAGCUGCUGCUCCUGGCCGCCUGCUCAACCCUCCUUGGAGGACCUGGGGAAGGACAUGGACACGGGGCUUCCUGAGGCCACCCGGGCCCAGAGGGACACUGCUGGCACAAACUCCUGCUGUGACCCACUGGAGAUGGAGCCUGACACCAUGGAGACAAAGUCGGUGAUGGAAGGGGUAGUUUCAUCCAUUUCGGCGGUUUGCUGUCCUGGUGACCAGGGUGGGGAGGAAAACAGCAGCCUUUUGCCAGAACACCCCCCCUUGCUGAGGGAAGGUGAGGAAGAUGAGACCCUUCCCAGAGGACAGAGCGAAGCUGCCCAGGAAAGCUCCCCACUGGAUCCAGAUGCCAGGGCGCUGGGCCAGGGAAGCUGCGUGCCCACUGAGGGCUGGCUGGCCCGAGGGGCGCUGGAGGAGGGGGACGAGGUGAUGGUCAUCCAGCACAAGGCUGGCACUAUGACCCCAUCCUGUGGCCAGGAGGGGACCUGCCCUGCUGGUGAACUCUUGCCACCACUGGCUCCUGGCCCCAGUGUGGCCCCUGCCCAGGAGGCGGCUGAGGAGCAGGGGCAGCUCCCGGCUCUCUGUCAGAAGAGCAAAGCUGGUGGCAGCUGCUGUGCCGAGGGCAGCAGGGACACGCCCGAGUCCCACGUGAGAAGCCCACAGGUGGUGAACGGGGAGGCCCUGCGGAAAGUGCACGAGGGCCACGUGGGGUUUCCAGAUGCAGCCCAGCUCCUGGCAGAUUGUGGUGCCUCGGGGGUUCUCACCCGCCUCUCCUGGCUCUCAUUUGGGGUGAGGACAGACCUCGCAUCACUCAGCCUGGCACGAGAGAGGGUGGAUGUCCCACUUGAGCCUUUAGCCUCUCAGAGAACCAGUGGGUGCACAGGGGCCAAUGCUGUGGGAAAGGAGGUGCCAACAUCCCUAGCUGGAGCAGGCUUUGGGCAGGAGCUGGUGAGCAGCUCGGGGCUCGGUGAUGGUGAUGGGGAGCCCAGAGGAAACACAGGGAUCGUGGCUCAACAGCAGCCACAGUCUGUACAGGCUUCUUUUCCGAGGGAACAGGCUCCCGAGGUGGGGAAGGACUCUUGCCUGGCUCCAUCUCCUGAGCUGUUUAACUCCUCAGAUCCAGUUCCCUCACUGGGGAAAGAGGCAGGAGAUCACAGGGCUGUGAAACACUCCUUCCUCUGCUUUAACCAGGAGGAGGGUGAGCAGACCCCUUCCUGCCCCAUCUCGGUGAGGCCCCAGGGCAGUUCCCCAGCACAGAGCUCUCUGUCCCCACGUGGCACCGACAGCUGCGGCUGCCGCCUGCCCUACAUCGGCUGCUUCCACCAGCCCGACAAAGGGGAGCGUGAAAACAGCCCCUCCACGUUCCUGGGGCCCCUCACCACCCCCCCAGCCAGCAGCUGCAGCCUUCCCGGGACCCCUGUGAGCGGGUUCCCGGUGUCCAUGGGUGGGGACGUGGCUGGGAGAGACCCCCAUGUCCGGGCGCUCGGGCAGCUGAAAGACCAGGCGUGGCUGAGCCCCGCGGAUUUCUCCCGCUUCCUGGCCUACACUGCCGAGCUCCAGGAGGUUGUGGGGAAGCUCUCCGGGAACCAGGCAACCCACCUGCAAGAUCAGUGCACAGAGCAGGGUGCAGACAGUAAGGGGGCCCUGGGCUGGGCCUCCCGGGACCUGCUGUCCAGCUGCCAGGAGCUCCUGAGCACAGAGCAGCCUCUCACGGAGGUGCAGCGGGCACUGAGGGCAACGUUUGACCACCUGGUUCACCUGGCAGUGACCUGCUUCCAGGUGACACACUGCUGGCGCUGCAGGCAGAGGCAGCAGGAGCUGGGGGCUGCGCUGGGGGACGUGGUGGGCACCUACCAGGGGCUGGUGCAGGCUGUCCACCAGCACCUCCACGGGCAGGGCUGCCCGGAGCUGGGGGCUAAGCUCCUCGCCCGCCAGCACAUGGCCCUCUCAGCUGCCAUCUUCUGUCUCCUGCAGCAGUUCAGGGCACCCCCCUGUCUGUGACAGGCUGGGUAGGGGCACACGAGGGCACUGGGGGGGACAGAGCCCAGUUGUGUGCCCUCUGCCCACCUCAGGCUCUCCCCCAUGGCGAUGUUUAGCCCCACAGCCCCAGGUCCUUUGCAAGAGGUGCCGCGGAGAGCUGGGCUCCCCAAGAGGUGCUGUGCCCAAGGGUGCUCUUGGAGCACGGCAGUGGCAUGUGUGUCAUGCUCAAGGCUCAUCCCUCGCCUCCCAGAGGCCAUGCAGGUGUCCUCUCUCAGGGUGUUUUCUCAGCCACCUUCUGUCACCUGUGGGGAAGGACAGGACCCCUUUGGCCUGCCUUUCACCCACUCCUGGCUCCCCAGGCAGGCUAUGGGACAUCAAAACCCACCCUGGCCUAAUGUGAAGGACCCCCAGUGGCUUUGCCCACCUUCUGUGGCCAAGGGAAUGCAGUGAUCCUGUAUUCAACCACUUUCCCAUGUGAGGGCAGGAAGGGUUGUCCCAGGCUGGGGAGGUAGCACCAUCUCCCUCUGUUCCACUGCAAUUCCUGUGUCAGCAGCAACUCUCUUUCUGUCUGCUGAUGCAUGAGACAGUCCUUGACUGACCCCCCACCCCGUGCUACUCAUGGCUCUGGGUCUGCCAGAAAGAACCACCAAGCCCCACUGUCAGAGCUGUGCAGUGACCCUUCCACAGCCUCUGUCCCCACUCCCACCAGGUGCAGCUCACCCUGACCAGGUGUGAGCUGUGAAGGUGGUCUCACUUCGCAUCCCCCAGGAGGCAGCACUGCAGUGCCCUCAGACGGGGAUGCCCAAGGUGGUCACCUCCACCUCCAGCUUGCCGAGAGCCCCCAGGGCACAGCCCCCACUGACACCACAACACCCUGAGCCCCUGUUGUGGGUUAACCUGGGGAUAAGCAGAGGUUAACGCCUGGCUGGGGUUAAACCACAACAGCCCCCCCAACAGCUGUUGCUGCAGCCCCUCUGACAGCCUGACCUGGGCAGAAGCUCCAGGUGUAUGAGACACUCUUGCUGUGAAAAGAAAUGAAAACACAUAACCAUAGUUACCUCAGACAACCUUCAGGUCUCACUGCCGGUGGCUGUGAGGCUUUGGGUCUCUUCUGGCAGCGAUGGCUGAGGUAACAUAUGGACACAGCUGCACAAACAUGCUUCCUGCUGUGCUGUGGAACGUGUCCCUGCCCUGUGCAGGGCGCAGCCCAGCCCAGGUACCUGCCAGCAGGACACACCUGUGCAUGUCAUGUAUGACAAGGUACCACAUAUAGUAACUGUAAGGACACAAUGGGGAU